AUGCAGCUCGCUGACAUAGACCCUGUGGCCGUUGUCAGUCAGCAAGGCCGUGCAGUAGAGGCUACGAAGCAGCCAGCGGCCAACGGUUUGCCUUGGCUUCGCAUGCUCAUCGCGACUCUCGGCGCAUGCGCGCUCGUGGGCAUCGGAUUCGGCGUUGGCAGCGACGUAGACUGGGAGGCGCCACCGUCAGAUGGCAUGGUAGUCACGGAGCUCAACACCUACGAGAAGGACGGAUACGUCGGGUCAAGGCAGGACAUCUGGAGGACGGUCGAGACGCCUGCAGACAUCGACGCCGUUACCGACACAGCUUGGCGACAGAACUACAAGCACACGGGCGAUGUGCUAGCGCAGGUCUUGGCCGGCGUCGACACAGCGCUGUGGGACCUUGUCGCGCGCAACCUCAACGUCUCCGUCUGCACCCUCGUCGCGGAGGUGAUGGGCGGUGAGUGCAAGAGCCACAUGCCGGUUUACGGCUCCAAUGGCAACCGAGAGACCGACAUGGGACUUCUUUUGGCAAACGCCGUGCACAAUCACGACAAGUACGGCGUGCAGGCCUUCAAAUUCCAAAUCGCACAGCGCAUGGGCGGGGAUGUGGACAUCACGCCAAACCGAACCGAGACCCUCAUACCGCUCGCGCGGCAGCUGCUAGGUCCGGAGGUGACGCUUCUGGCCGACGCCAACGGCGGAUACGACACGAUCGAGCGAGCCAAGCCGAUCGCCCAGCUCCUCAUCGACAACAACUUCACCUUCUUCGAGGAGCCCUACCCAUUCUGGGAAUACGACAAGGCUGCGGCCCUGGGGGCGGCGAUGCCGGGCAUGCCGAUCGCGCUCGGCGAGCAGGAGUACCGCAUGGAUGUGUGGCAGAGGAACGUCCACGCCAUGGAUGUGUGGCAGCCUGACGUACACUACAUCGGCGGGGUCUCGCGCAGCCUCGCUGUGGCUCGGAUGAGCAUGGAGGCCGGGGCCAGAUUCGUGCCGCACUCCCCAAACCCGAGCUUCGUGGCUGUCUUCACACUCCACAUAGCGGCGGCCGUGCCGAACGCCUUCCAGUUCAUGGAGGCCGAUGCCGUGAACACACGGCAGCCACCGGAUGGCAAACGCUUCUUCACCGAGGGUGUGCUCAAGAUCAAGGACGGCAAGAUGAAGGUGCCGACUGGCGCUGGCUGGGGUGUCGCGCUCAGGUCAGAUUGGGUGGACGAAGCGUCGAAGCGGACGAGCAAAAUGAAGUCGUCGCCGCCUCCACCAUCACCCACCGCCACGUGA